GCGAGAAUCACAGCGUCCUCUCUGAUUCGAAAAUUUUCAAUCCCAUGGAACUGGUUGUCACGCAGUUCCUCAUGCAUAAGUCGAUGCCCGAGAGAUCGAGCGGUGGCACGUGAAGUACUUCCACUGCUCGGGCCCGUCUCGCCUCUAGUGCUCGAUCGAAUUGCAACGACAGGGUGAUGUCUUCUUGCUACCUCUGUACCGGAAUAUGGGCAAACCUGUCAAUCACACUGCAGCAGCACAUGGGCCAUGAAUCUGCUGCUCGCAUAGUGCAUGCCUGGUGGUGGUGCACUGUCCAGUGCUUCUUGUCGGCGGUGGAGACUGUUCAGUGUGACACUAACUGGUUUCUUGUUGUAAGCUCGAGAGGAAGAAUCCUUGGCUGCGAAUCUGAUAAGCUCACUUGUUGGGAGCAGGCAUUUUUUCAGUUUCCUUGUUGAUUUCCCGAAUUCCUCAUCUCACUGCAUGUAGAUAGUCCAACGGAGCAACUGUCGCCCUGCUGUGCAUUGGAGACCAGGUGCAACUGGACUACAUCACUAGAUCUAGGGACUGGACUAGCCUUGUUUAGAAACUCCUUCUUCCUAAAACUGGUGUCGUUGUCAGAAUUCUGGAAAGAGGCACAAAGUGAAAGUAAAAGUGCAGACGAAAAGCUUGAUAGGUUUGAUCAUCAAACCUAUCAAGCUUUUUAACAUAUCAAACUUUGAUAUGUUAAGCCUUGAAUUUGAAAGACUGUCAGCAGCAAGAGGGCCUGCACAACCGGGCUGAAAGAAAUUCUCCACAGUGAGAAGCCGGCUGAUUGACGAAACCGUGACUCUAUCACAUGAUGACUAGACGUGGCACAAUCGUGAGAACUCUAAUGUGUCAAAUUCGUCAAACUCGGUAGCCGAAGUUUGAAAGGGAGUACAAUGAUGGAGAAGGAUGGCUGAAAAGCAUUCCCCUAGUUGUCGACGAACGGUAGAGACACUAACAGUAGCGUGCCAGGACGGUGACGGCAGGAGAUUUGACGUCGUCCGUUUCGAGUGCUGCACUUCUUGCGAGGUAUUGAUUUUGAUCACAUGUUGAUAUCAAUUCCCAUGGCAGAGCACGAUGAUCUGGGUGAUACGUGGGCGGUAGAAUCCCAGCACGUUACCAGUGUAUUCUGGCCGAAAACUGAAGUCCAGCUUUUAUGAUGACAUUUCAGUUCACGUCUUUUUAUUCAAUGACAACCAGCCUUUGACGAUAAAGAUGAGAAGGAUUUAAAUAUUGUACAGAUGGUCUUGGCAGGCUGGCAGACAGCUCUUGGUUAGCGUACCAAUCAUAUGAAUUUUAGAAAGAAAUUCAGGUAGCAAUUUUUGAACUCCUCACAUAUGUUUCGAAAUCACCUAACUAACGAGAAC